AGAUCUUAGAUUACACCAUGCUUAAUCUACACACUCUUCCUCCGGGCACCUGGCCCGCGCAGGCUAUUCGCAACAAUGGUUCUGACAGUCUCGUUUUAGAGCGCGCAAAGCUGCGUGAGCUUGCGGAGGGCUGGCCCUGCUACCGUGAUGCUUGUGAGUGGGAGAACUUCGAGUCAAUCUUUCACGAGGAUGCCCAUGUAUACACCACCUGGUCCGGUCGAGUCUCCUAUAAGGAUUUCAUUGCCGCUUCCAAGGCCGGCAUGGACAAGGGGGCCUUUAUCAUGCACCGCUGCCAAGGGGUGACCACGGACAUCACUCCCGAUGCCGCUCGAGCCGUCACCAAAAUGAAGGCGACAAUCACUCAGCGCUUCACGAUCGACGGAUGCGAAGUUGACGCCGAGGCCGACUGCCGAUUCUGUUUCUUCUUCGAGAAGGUGAACGGCCGCUGGGGUGCCAGAUUCGUGCGUCACUGGUACGAAAAGGACAAGCUGUUACCUGUAAACCCCAACAAGAUUCCUCGAAUCAAUGAGGAGAAGCUCAACUCGUAUCCUGAGGGAUACAAGUGCCUUGCCUACUGUCAGGAACUCACUAUGGGUGUUUCUGUACUAAAAGAUAUGCCUGGGCACAGAAGGCAUGUUGGCACUGUUUGUGGAGAGAAGCAUGAUCUACUUUAUUGGUUUUCUAAGGACUGGUUGGAUGGAAAGGCUACCGAUGUAUAA